AUGGGUCACCUGAAACAUGUAAACCCCAACACUGGUUUCUUCAUCCUGGAUCGCUCAUCUCCGGUGCACCGGUACCUAUUGAGUUCAAUUGUGAAACUAAAUAGUCCAGAGAGCCACCCAAAACCUGAAACAAACAAUGUUUCUUCACAAAGUGAAGCAAGAAAAUUAGAACCCGCUUAUAGCACCACCUACUCAGCCCAGCCGUCUGAAAGAGGAGGAAGGGAAGGCUAG